AUGGGUUACGACAAGCAUGAUGAGCUCUGUAUCAACACCAUCCGGCUGCUCGCCGUCGAUGCGACGUUCAAAGCCAAUUCUGGCCACCCCGGUGCGCCCAUGGGCAUGGCGCCCAUCUCUCACGUUCUCUGGAACAAAUUCAUGACCUUCAACCCCAAGAACCCCGAAUGGGUCAACCGCGACAGAUUCGUCCUUUCGAAUGGCCACGGCUGCAUGCUCCAGUAUGCGCUGCUGCACCUCUUCGGCUUUGAGCUGAGCAUGGAAGACAUCAAGAAUUUCCGCCAAGUGGAUAGCAUAACUCCGGGUCAUCCGGAAUCCCACGACACUCCCGGCAUUGAGGUCACUACCGGCCCGCUUGGUCAAGGAUUCGCGAACGCUGUUGGUCUUGCCGUUGCUCAAGCCCACACAGCCGCAAUCUUCAACAAGCCCGACUUUGAUCUGAUCAACAACUACACAUACUGCUACUUUGGCGAUGGGUGCGCUAUGGAGGGCAUUGCUAGCGAGGCGGCCAGCGCUGCGGGUCACUUGCAGCUUGGAAACCUGAUCUGCAUUUAUGACGACAACCACAUCUCUAUCGAUGGCGACACCGCCGUCUCUUUCACCGAAGACGUCUCGAAGCGAUUUGAGGCCUACGGCUGGCAUGUGCAACAUGUGGAGAAGGGUGACACCGACCUUGAGGCCAUGGAGGAGGCCAUCAAGAAGGCUCGCGAAGUCAAAGACAAACCGUCGAUGAUCAAGCUCACCACGACCAUUGGUUUCGGCUCAAAGCUCCAAGGUACCGGCGGUGUCCACGGUAACCCGUUGAAGGCGGACGACGUCAAGAGCGUCAAGGAGAAGUUCGGCUUUGACCCAGAGCAGACAUUCGUUGUCCCGCAGGAGGUCUACGACGCGUACCACAAGCAUGCGGCUGAGGGCGCCGCUGCGGAAGAGGAGUGGAACAAGCUCUUCGAGAAGUACGGCGAGAAGCACCCGGAGCUCCACAAGGACCUCAAGCGACGAUUAACCCGCGACCUUCCCGAGGGCUGGCAGACCAAGCUGCCGACCUAUAAGCCGACCGACCCCGCCAUUGCCUCGCGCAAGCUGUCUGAGUCCGUUCUCGAGGCCAUCCACGAAGCCGUUCCUGAGCUCAUCUCCGGGUCCGCCGAUCUGACUGGCUCGAACAAUACCCGAUGGAAGAAAGCCGUUGACUUCCAGCCCCCAAGCCUGGGCCUCGGUGACUACAGCGGCCGCUACAUGCGCUACGGCGUGCGCGAGCACGGCAUGGCCGGCAUGAUGAACGGGAUGGCCACAUACGGCACGGUCAUCCCCGCCGGCGGCACCUUCCUCAACUUCGUUUCUUACGCCGCCGGCGCCGUCCGCCUGUCCUCGCUCGCGCACCAGCGCGUCAUCUACAUCGCGACGCACGACUCGAUCGGGCUCGGCGAAGAUGGGCCGACGCAUCAGCCCAUCGAAACCCUGGCGCACUUCCGCGCCCUGCCCAACAUGAUGGUCUGGCGCCCUGCCGACGGCAAUGAGACGAGCGCCGCCUACUACAUGGCGCUCACGUCCAAGCAAACACCCUCUAUCAUCGCGCUGACCCGGCAGAACCUGCCCCAGCUCGAGGGCUCGACGCUGCAGGACGCCAUCAAGGGCGGGUACGUCGCGCUCGAGGACAAGGAAGCGGCCGUCACGCUUGUUUCGACGGGCUCGGAGGUCUCGAUCUGUCUUGAGGCCGUCAAAUACCUCAAGGAUAACAACGACAUCAAGGCGCGCGUGGUCUCGAUGCCGUGUGUUGAGGUGUUUGAUGCUCAGGAUAAGGAGUACAGGCUGUCUGUCAUCCCGGAUGGUAUUCCGGCGAUGUCUGUGGAGGUCAUGAGCACGUUGGGCUGGGAGAAGUACACCCAUGAGCAGUUUGGGCUUAACAGGUUUGGUGCUAGUGGCCCGUAUAAGGAGGUUUACAAGAAAUUCGAGUUCACGCCAGAGGGCAUCGCGAAGCGCGCCGUUAAGACUGUGGACUUCUACAAGGAUGUCAAGCCGCUGCGGUCGCCGAUCAACCGCGCGUUUACCCAGCUCAUCUAG